UUGAUUUGAGUUGAGUUGAGCUGGCAGUUCAAGCUUAAGGGAUACCAGCCCAAAAAUUAAAUAGGAUGUUCCGCCAAAUGGACAUGCGAGAGGCUCUCCUCUCGACGGCCGUGAAGCGCACCCUUCUAUACGAUUCACAGCGUCAAAUGAGAUUCCUGGACAUCCUGGCAGUGCCGCAGGGGGGCGUGCAGGAAAAGCCUGUGGCAAAGGUGCCACAACGCAAAGCUUGUCCGGCCAAGGGUCGCCGCAAGAGGUCGAAGAGAACCGAAACGGAACGCAAGCUGCUGCGGAAGGUGCCCGAGCCCAAGGAUCCCUUCACGCAGCUCUUUCCCAAGGGCCAAAAGUCCUUUAUGCCCGUGUGCCGCAAGAAGUUCUUCCAGGAUAAUUACCACAUUGGCCCCAUCAAGCCGUACUCGGACUGCUGGAACAGCGUGCAGCCGCCGCAGCUGGUGGAGCGGCUGAUGGCCGGCAUGAGCAACGCGCUGCCCAAAGGCACCGAGGCACAGACGAUCGAUAUGCUGCCCGAUCCCGGUGUGGAGUUGGUCGAUUGUCUGGAGGAGCUCAGGGCGCAGCAGUCCAAGGCAUGCAGUGAGACGGACAGGCGCAUCAGCGAGGUGAUGCACACCAUCCUGGCAGAGUCAGCGGCGGCGUCUGGCAGGGAGCAGAAAUUGGCAACAGCAGCUGCUACGGCCAAGCCGCAGCUGCAGUGCAACUGCGAGGGUGGCUCCAAGCCGUUGGUCCCCAAAGCGGAGCAGCCACAGAAGCAGGCCCCCAAUGGCGACAGCCGAAAGAAGCAGCCCAAAAAGCGAAACCGCAAGAGGAACAAGGGAUAUAUAGCUGAGGCUUCGGGGCUGCAGCCGAGCAACGAGCAGAUCACCGACCCGACAGCUGAAGAUGCACCGAAAAGUGAGGCAGAGGAUGUCAAGACUGUGGCCACAGGAGACGGGAUACUCUGCUCUGAAGCAGCUGAAGAGCUUGGCACUGGGAAGGCCGAGCAACCCAUGAAAUUGGCUCCAGGGCAUGCUGAAUUGGGCACCAAGGAACAGGAUCCACGGACAGCAUUCAGUGGCAUUCAAGCCGUGGAAUCGCCAAGCCAAAGCCAGCAGCCUCCCAGUGUGGAUAACAAGAAGAAGAAGCCCAAUAAGCGGAACCGCAAUAAGAACAAGGGACUAUCAUUAUUGUUAGCCAACAAGGCAAGUACUUUGCCAUGUGCUGAGGAGGCCAACGAGAAGACGCUGGACGCGGGAGCCAGCGGCGAGCCCGAGCUGAACCUUUGCACAGAAGAAGCUAAAAAGUUGCCGAGUCGCGUGGCUCCUUCCUUGCCAGCCGAGCGGGAAAUCGGAGCCGGUGAUGACAUACAAUUGCAGCAGGAACAGAUCGUCUUGGCCAAAGACAACUCAGCACAGCCUGAAGAGGAGACGGAGGCGACAGAGCAGCAGACAGCAGGCCGUUGA